AUGAAGCAUGGAAAUAUCUACAAUGCUUUUAGCAUUUUUAUCACACGAGACAAAAAACUUUUUGAGCUUAGAGGUGUAGAGUUUGAUAAACCAACAAUUUUCUUUGGUAAUUUGUGGAAUGUUUUUCGCGAUAUUGAAAGUGAACGUGAAGUUUUCGAGCGGCUAUACGAGAAAUAUGAUAGAGAAAAAUUAUUUGGAAUAUUUAUUCUUCAUCGUCCUAUUUUUGUUAUCAAAGAUGUCAACUUAGCUAAACAAAUUAUGAUUCAACAUUUUCAUAAUUUUUCGAAUUUUGCUGGUAAAAAUUUUCAUGAAAUCUUUGACAAUUAUUUUGCAAAUCAUCUUGGAUGUCUUGAAGGAGAUAAAUGGAAGAAUGCAAAAGAGAAAUUGCUAUCAGUUUUUGCGAUGGCAAACUUAAAAUCGCUUGAUAAGUGCUUCGCUUUUUGUGUUGGGAAAUCAUUAAAACAUAUUAAACUUCAACACGCACAUGUUGGUGAAACAAUCGUAAUUGAUGUUCAUGAAUUCAUUAACCGAUACAUCGGCGAAACAAUAGCAAUGAUUGUUCUUGGUAUUGAAACUGGAAGCCGGGAUGACAUAGUCGAUGACAUUCUUCACACAUCCAACCAAAUAGACAAUGAACUCAUGAGCUUCAAAACAAUGAUGUAUCUAACAUUAACUUCCAUGAUGAACUUCAGAAAUUUUAAAAUUAAUUUAAUUAGCGAUGGAGUUAAACAUUUUUUCAAACAAAAUGUGUUACAACAAAUUGAGAUAAGAUUGAAACAACAAGCAAAUAACAAACAUAAUAUCAUGCAGAUGUUAAUUGAUAUUGGAGAGUCAAGUGAAAAAAUAUUGAGUAACGUAUUUAUGUUUCUUACUGGCGGAUUUAAGAGCACAAAGGAACUUCUAGAAACGUGUCUUUGGGAGCUUAUGUUGAAUAACGACAUUCAAAGUAAAAUAAUAAUGGAAAUUGACGAAUGCAUGGAAUUCAAUAAUACUAAAGAAAUUAAUUUCGAGCAAUUGAACAAGAUGAACAAUCUUAACUUAUUUAUGAUGGAAGUUUUAAGAAAAUAUCCUCCAAUACACUUCGGAACACGAAUUUGUACCAAAGACUGCACAAUUACAACAAAAGAUGGAGAACUUUUGAAGUUUGAACAAAAUGAUGUGAUUUAUAUUCCCAUAACUUUAAUUCAAAACGAUCAAAAAUAUUUCGCAAAUCCAAAUAUUUUCGAUCCUACGAGGUUUUCUGAAAAAAUUAAUCACACAAAUUUGCUUUCUUUUGGCUUAGGACCGAGAAAGUGUUUAGGUGAAAACUUUGUGAUCUUACAAGCUAAAUAUCUAAUAACGAGUGUCUUAACUGAUUACACAAUUGAGAAAACAUCGUUAAAAUCUUCAAAAAGUGAUGAAAUGGAGAUUCAAUUAACACGUCGCUAUAGACAAAGUUUUAGACAUGCUGAUUGA